GAUGGACCGAUGCUCACCUUCAAGCAGUUCGUUCUACGAAAUCCUGACGGGACAAGUCAGGAUGUUCUGAACGACGGAUACAAGGCGUAUCUGGAAAAGUACAGGGCCCAUCAUGCUGCGCGCUUCUUCGAUGAAAACCACCACCUAGGCUUCAUGCAAGAAGCAUACAACCCCAACAUGCUGAGGGAGCAGUUUCUUCGCUGUAGGGAAAGGGCUCAACAGCAAGCCAGGAGCUUCCUGCAGCGCUGGGAGGAGGGCGGCUUCCGGAAUUUGAGGCUUGAGGCUCCCGUUGGCCUCCUGGCGGAUGAAGGCGACAUCUCGCCACUGCUGCUUGACGACUGGCCAAGGCAGAUUCGGGUGUCUACGCAGCAGGAGGAGGAGGAGGAGCAGAAGCAGCAGGCCUUUGGCAUUUUGAAUGUCCCUACAGAUUUCCUGUUGUUACCGAACGCCUGCUGCCUGCAAGUGCAGCGUGUGGACCCACAAAUCAACAAGUUCGACAUCUUGAAGGCACUCGAGAAGCGGGGAGCUCUGUAUGUGGCGAUGGUAUCGAACGGGGGUUUGACGGCAUCUCGGACAGCGCAUGUCUUCUUCCCGACUCAGCAGGCUGCCGAUGAGGCGCUGGCGCAAGGCGCUGAAUUCACACUCGUUCGUCUCUACCAAGACAAGCCGGGUGAGGAGAGUGACGCGCUGCGGGAGUUCCGUCUGAAGCUGCAGGGGCCCCCCGAGGUGGGCCCCUCCGUGCGGGUUGCACUUACGCCGCCAAUUGCUGCCACUGCGGACAGACUAAACAAAGACACCGAAAGAGCGUGGGAGCUGAUUCGAACGCUUGACGGGCAGUUGGAUGUUUGCGCUGCGGAUGCGAGCCACCCUUUGGAGGAUAUCCUUGAUGGGGUUGAAGAUGCUUGGCUGCGGCUGGACUUGAUGCUCACAUACUUGCGCCAUGUGCACUGCGUAUGCUACUAUAGCGGCAAGGUGUAUGACGACCCUCAGCAGCUGCACCUCAAUGCCACAGCUGGACACCUUCGGCCUGCGGUUCCGCAGCAUUUGCAGCAUUUCUUGCAGGAGCAGCAGCAGAGGCAGCCGGAGGAUGAAGACGACAUGGCUACGAACGGCGAAAGCAGCAGCAGCAGCCGCAGUGUCGGGGUGUCUCAGCAGCAGCAGCUGUGGGCAGAUCAGCUGGAUCAGCGGCUGCGCGUGUUGCUGCAGAUGGCGGCAAGGAUGCAGCAGAACCUUCCGCCUCCCCUCGACGAGCAAGCGAGCCCUGUUAUCCAGACCAAAUGGACGGCAUUUUGCCAAGAACACACAUCGAAGGAUGCGGAGGGCCGGUAUCGCUGCACGCUUUGCCAGAAGCUCUUCAAGGCUCCUUCGUUUGUUCACCUCCAUCACAGGAAGAAGCAUGAGCGAGAACUUGCAAGGAUCAUCAACAGAUACGUGCCCCACCUCAUGCGGACGGCGUACAUGAACGAUCCGAACAAACACAUCACACUGCCUCAGCAGCGGCAGAGACACCGAGAUCGCGAGCGGGAGAGGUUGACGAUUAGGGGCAGGCCCCCCCCCCCGCCUCCUCCCUCGAUGUUUAUGCCGGGGGGCCCCCCUUCACGCCCUAUUCUGCUGCCCCCUCCGCACAUGCUGCCCCCGCACUUGAGAAGACAGAGAGACUGGGAUUCUCCCAACGGCCCAGCCGCUGCACCCCUGGUGAGUUGUGGAGCAGAGCGCUAG